AUGUCUUUGAAUGGGCUCGAUACUGCCCCCGUCGUGGAAGCCUACCAAAGUGCCCUGGCAGACGCGGGCGGGGAUGAGGUUGCCCUCCACGAACGAGGCACCGGCGGGGUGCCCGAAAUCCGGAAUGCCAUCGACAGCUACGAGGAAUGCUCGCCGCUCUAUGGCUUCCUUCAAUACCGGCGCAGAAAAGUGAUCAUCCGCUACAUGCCGGAGGGGUUAUCCCGGCUCAUACUAGCCCGAAGCAAUGUCCAAUUCCAGUCCGUCACCGACAAGUUCACUCCAAACGACACCGUACUUCCUCUGUCCAAAGCCUCCGAUCUCACCGAAAGCGCCUUGUCCUCCGCCUGUCUCCUCCAUACCGCUUCGACCUCAAUUACCUCUUCUUCGAGCUCUCUUCGCCGCCGCCGGCUGAUGGAAAUUACGGAAGAUGCCGAGGAAAAUGGCACAAAAGAUGAAGCUCCGAUACCUAUCCCACCUCCCCAGUCGGAGGCCCGACGCAGACCAAGGAGCGUCAAGUCGGAAGCUACCCUAGUGCCGUCACCCAUUGAACCUCCCGUGGAACCAGAACUACCUCCGACAUCGCCAGAAAGCGAAAUGGCAUCAGUCGAUCUCAUGCCACCCCCAUCCCGGGCGAGCUCCAGAGCCACAAUCUCUCGAGGGAGUCCCAUUGAACCCCAAUCCGCAACAAUGUCCCCCAGAUCCGUAAAAUCAGAUCGCUCUCGCUCUAGUUCCAGGUACCGAACCAUUUUGGAUGAAUUCCCUCGUCCUUCGGAAGAGCCCCGGUUGUCCUCCCAAUCCAGCCGCCCCUCACUCCGAGAUUUGGAACGGGCCGCGGGAUACACCCCAAAGGUUAAGCUGGGACCCCGACCGUCCGUGGAUAGCAGUGGAAGACCCCGCACAGCAGGUAGUUCUCGAAAUGUAGACCAGCGCCCCGUUGCAUCCCUACCGACAAAUAUGCGCUCUUCUUCUGUGCGAAAGCAAAAUGGUGAUGCACCCCGCCCUCGAUCUCAGGGGAGCACUUUCGCGACUAAGCCAACCAGUCGUGUCCCGCCAGUCCCACCUUUGCUAGUCCCACCCCCCUCCAUUCCUAUUUCGAGACCUCAACUUUCCCCUAGCGCCAAAUCUCUUGGUGCUUUGUCGACCUCCUCGGGAUUGACCCCUGAGAAAGAACGUUUGAUGAAGGCUCUGCAGCAAAGAAGGAAGAAUAUGGCUAAGCGCGCGGAGGAAACCAAGAAGAAGCAGGUCUCGGAGGAAGGAGAGCUCAAACCGGUGAAGGAUAUUGCCAAAGAUCUGGAUGACGAUAAAGAGAACCUCAUUCAGAUUCACUAUCCUGAUUCUGAAAUGUUGCUAUCAGAGCCUGAGACAAUUCAACAAGACCAACAGGAGCUGCUUUGCGAAAAUUCACCUGCGCCUUCUGACGCCGCCCCUGAGCUUGUUCCCGAGUCUAUUCUUGAACCUGCCUUCGAGCCUGUUCCUAACUCCACUCUUGAAAUUGCCCCCGCGCCUGUUCCUGAGACCAUUGGUGAAUCUGUUCCUGAGCCUGUCGCCGAGGCAGUUGCUAAGCGUAUUCCCGAACUUGCUCCUGAGCCGGUUGACUCAAAUCCCGAGGCUGUUCUUGAACCAGUCACUGGAACAAUUGUUGAGUCUGCUAUGACGCCUGAGUCAGAUCAGCCUUCUGAGUCUCUUGAGGUAGAACCAGAACCAAUCGCUGAUCUACCUCUUAAUAACGCUGAGGAUGGGUCUUUGCCUACUGGCAUAAGUGCCGAUAGUCCUAUCACAGCCGAUGUCGCUGCUACACCUUCAGAGACUGUCAAGGGAGAAACACUACAGACACCCCCUGAGGAUGAAACACGCACUGAGCACGAGGACUCCGCAAUCCCUGGUCUCGCCCCACCUACCUCUAAUCCUGGCGUUCCACUUCAAAAUGAGCUUUCGGAUGCCCAUCAACCUGAUUCAGGGGACGUCCCCGAAACACAUUUCGAACUUUCCCCGGUUGCAUAUAUGCCAACUGACGAACCUUCUGAUGAGCUUAUCUCUGCAGAGGUCCAUCAGGCGGUUCCCCUCCCAUCCUCUGCCUCUAUUACCCCUCCAGAAAACACUAGCACAGAAACUCCAGCCGCCCCCGUUUUUGUCUCAAUCGAGGCAGACAAGCCGACCCCUGAUAAUCUAAUUUCCGAGAAAUCCGAGCCUCUUACCUUGGAUCAGAGGCGCAAGGUCCACCUGGAGCCCAUUCAAGUGCCUACCUUAGAGUUCUCGGACGACGACAACCUCCUUUCCGAUGAUUCAUUCAUGGAGGAAUUGACCUCGGCUACUGUCCAGGAGGCCAGACCAGUAUCUGUCAAAUCUCCCAACGGCGUCGAUCACGCCUGGAGAAAUUCGCGCGCUGUCUCUAGCCCGUUCAUGGGGUCAUCGUCGGGUAUGCAAGCUCUGGCAGUGGGCCGGUCCAUUUCUAGCUCGCACUCUGAAAAUGGCUCGCCUACGCCGGUCCUCAUGGCCAAGAAGAUCAACGUCUCCUCUGGAAUUUCCAGUCGUAUCAAAGCUCUUGAAAAGUUCUCGAGCCGGGAAGGCACUCCCUUAGGCGCGAGUCCGGCUAUAGGGGGACCAUCAGCCUCCUCGUCUUUCGAGAACCUUCGCAAACGUGCAUCUAUCUCGUUGCCUAGUGGGCACCACGAAAUCACUGCACCAAGCGCAAUGCAUUCCGCUCACGUCCCCGAGAGCUUUACCCGUGUGGCGAGCUUGAGUCGGCACACCCGUCAGGUGUCUGUGGAUGCUACGCGCCCUACUACCUCUGUUUCCGUAACAGCCCGUAUUCUGCGCGAUGCGGAUACCUCUCCCAAGCCUUCCGAAAUUGAGCCCUCGCAGUCCCAUGUUGUCAACCUCCAGACUAGUACUUUGACUGUGGAGCAUGAGGCAGCCGAGGCAGCCGAGGCGCCACUCCCUCAGGUCUCGCCCAUCGAGCCCACCAGCCUUCUCCAGGACCGAAGCAUGUCAAUGUCAUCUACUACAUCUAGUCGCCAAACUACGUCUCGCCCCGGUAGCCGUCCCGACAGUCGUCCUGGAAGCCGCCCCGGAAGCCGCCCCUCUCUCCCCUCGCGCUCUAGGACUGACGACAGUGUCCAAUCUGCCUCUUCCACCCCCGAAGAUAAGAAGAUAUCUCGCACUUCGCGACUCAUGCGCCGCAUGUCAUCGAUCACAUCCAACUCUCGCCGCAGCAUUAUCGGAGCCCUCAGCUCGCCAGUCAAGGAAGAGGAGUAUGUUCCCGCCUUCACAAACGGGUCUAGUAAGGCUCCAGGGUCGGUUAGCUCGCGCACUUCAGAGCCCAUUGACAUCGGCGAGGUGAACGUCCAGUUCCCAGAAACUCUUCUGUGGAAGCGUCGGGUCAUGCGCAUCGAUGAACAGGGAUACGUUGUUCUCACGCCUGGCACCAAUGAUGCCACCACCCGGAACAUGACUAAACGCUACCAUCUCACCGAGUUCCGCACUCCUUGUCUUCCUGAUGAAGACAUGCAGGAAUUGCCCAACAGCAUCCUGCUUGAUUUCUUAGAUGGAAAUACACUCCAGUGUGCUUGUGAAUCCAGACAGGGACAAGCCUCUGCUCUUCAGACUCUCAUCGAGGCUCACAGUGCUCACCAGCAAUAA